CGUCCCCGGCCAGUCCCCGCCUCGGAAACGAUACCCGCUCAUCUUCCAGGACCCAGACGAAUACGACCGACGCAGACGACAACAGGAAGAUUCCGUGGGGUUCACGCCGAGGUCAAAAGGUCAAGCGAGUUCUCCGGAAGUGACCCCCAACUCUGCUAGCCAACAACAUGGUGCUGUCGCCGACGCCCACAGCGAGCAGAGAUAGCGCUAGUCUUUUCUUGAGGCCUGUACAAAGAAUGAAAUUUAGUAUUUUUUAAACAUUCUUUGUUCGAUUUUUCUGGACAUAGCGGUUCGAUUUUUCCCAGCACUUUGUUCGACUUUGCUGAAUUAUUAUUGUUAUUCAGUUUUUCUGAACAUUUUUGUUCAAUAUUUUUCUGAAAAUGGUUGUUCUAUUACCGUCAUUAAGUGUACCAUUUUUGUUUUAGAUAGCAUUUAAAAAAUACUUUUCAACUCACGGCUUGAACAAAGACUGCCAAGGCAAUUCGCCAGUAUUUUAAUCAGAUUUUUAAAAAAUCCUUUAUAAUUAUCAUUAAACAUAGACAUCUUACUUCACAGGUUGUUAGUCAACCCUGUGUGCUCGCAGCAUGCUACAAUUUCAUCUGCUCUAUAGCCCAGUAUGAUGUCAACUGAGCUUCCUGCACGCCAUUUGCUAGUGCUGACAACUGUUGAAUUACUUGUCCCUCAUGAUGCCAGCAACUCUUUGCAGCCACUCGUUCAUUUAUCACUCGACUGAGCCCUUGAAUAGUCAACUUCUGUUUUUUUUAAAAAAGGAAACGUCAUUUUGUUCCAUUUAUCUGUGUUUCUUGACUGUGUCACAUGUCUGUUCCAUUUGUCUGUGUUUCUUGACUGUGUCACAUGUCUGUUCCAUUUGUCUGUUUUACUACUUUUGUCUUCCUCGUGUCUUUCCAUUUGUCAUCUCUGUUCUGCUAUCUACUUCAUUUGUCAGUUCCGUCUCCAAUAUUCCAAUGUCCCCGUAAGUGUUUUAUCAUAAUAAUAUUACAUGAAUGAUGCCUAUAUUAUUCUGACGCCAAGCACGUUGACUCAGUCAGGGUAUACUGUGUUUUGGUAACGACCAACUGUGAUACAAAAUUGUUCAAAUGUUGUUGUUGUUGUUUUUAAAAAAAAUUAGUCUCAUUUGCAAGACCGACACACACACA